CUAUUGAUGACCGAUAUAAUCACUACAGAAAAGAAUAUCCAAGGCGUACAUCCAAAGGAAAGGUUUCUGAUGAGAUUAGAAAACAGCUUUCAAAUUCUGUUAGUGAGAGUUUACUUCGAAAAACAAAAGAAAGGGCCCUGAAGAUUUAUGAUUUGUUCAAUGAAUUAGGAGAGGAUAACAUUAAACGAAUUAAGACUUUCACGGCUACAACACUAGCAAAUAUGAUAUUAAUUACGUAUUAG